AUGGGUGGUCAACAGUCCAAGAGCAGCACACCUUACUCACAGAAGAGGGCCAUGCCGGAGCGCCUCCGCGCCAUGGACGUGCGAGAGGAGAAGCUGCGGUACAUCGAGGCCAGCGAAGACGACGACGACGACGACGAGAAGAGCGAGCUCCGGCUGCGCGAGCGGGAACCCGAAGCGCUUCCCCUCGAUGUCGUGGCUGCGCUUCCUUCGAGCAUCCUGCGGGAUCCCAAGAACAGGCUUGCCCUCUCUGCCCUGAGCUCGGCGAACCCGCAGCAAGUCCUGACCACCCAGGUGGCGCAGGUCUCGGAUCAGCAGGUCUUCAACGUCAAAAUCCCCUUCGAGGGCGGGCCCAUUACGAACCAGCGGAGCAGCGGGCGGUGCUGGCUCUUCGCCUCGACAAACGUCUUUCGCGUCGCCCUCAUGAACAAGUACAAGCUCGAGGCGUUUGAGCUGUCGCAGGCCUACCUCUUCUACUGGGACAAGCUCGAGAAGGCGAAUUGGUUCCUCGAGCAAAUCGUGGACACGGCCGACGAGGACCUCGAGGGCCGCCUCGUCCAGACCCUGCUGGGCGACAUUGUCUCCGACGGCGGCCAGUGGGACAUGGUGUACAACCUGGUCGCCAAGUAUGGCCUCGUCCCGCAGUCGCUCUACCCCGACAGCUGGAACGCCAAGAACUCUCGGGCCCUCAACUCGGUCCUCAAGAACAAGCUCCGCGAGUGCGCGCUGAGGCUGCGCCGCAUGGCCCGCGGGGCCUCGAGGGCCUCUCCGGCCGCCUUGAGCGCCCACAAGGACAAGAUGAUGCGAGAGAUCCAGCAGAUCAUCACGCUGCUGCUCGGGCCGCCGCCCAAGCCAACCGACGAGUUUAGCUGGGAGUACAGCGACAAGGACGGCAAGGCGCACGAGCUGGUCAUUACGCCCAAGGACUUUGCCAAGGACAUUUCAAGUGCCGAGCUGCGAAUCACGUCGGCCGUCAUCGAGAGCAUGGUGUCGCUGGUCAACGACCCUCGGCACGAGCCCCUGUCGCUGCUCACCGUCUCGCGCCUCGGUAACAUCGUGGGCGGGCGCGGCGUCAGCUACAUCAACGUCGACAUAGACACGCUCAAGUCCACGUGCGUCAAGAUGCUCAAGGCCGGUCUGCCCAUCUUCUUCGGGUGCGACGUGGGCAAAUUCAGCGACAGCACCAGCGGCAUCAUGGACACGGAGCUCUUCGACUACGAGCUCGGGCUAGGGACGAGCUUGCUCGGCAUGAGCAAGGCGCAGCGGCUACUGACGGGGGAGAGUCAGAUGACGCACGCCAUGGUGCUGACGGCGGUGCACGUGGACGAGCAGACAAACAAGCCGGUGCGGUGGAGGGUGCAGAACAGCUGGGGAGCGACUGCGGGGACUCAAGGGUGGUUCGUGAUGAGCGACGCCUGGAUGGACGAGUUUGUCUAUCAGGCCGUCGUCGACCCGCGCUUCUGCAGCAAGGAGGUGAGGAAUGUCUUGGGCAAGGAGCCCAUUGUGCUGCCGUUGUGGGAUCCGAUGGGCUCGCUGGCCUAG